UACCAAUACCUUUGGCUUGAGUAAUAAUUUUGUCGGAGGAAGACUGUCUGACUUGCUGCUUGCAAAUCAAAGGCUCAUCAAUUUAACGUUGUUGCUUGAGUGCGACCGAGUGCCCCAGACGUCUUGCCGGAUGAACGAACCUUCUCUCACCUCAUUCGCUCGACUUCAGAACACUGUUAUCACAUGUUCAACUCACAGCGAAUUUUACCGGCCACUUGAAACCAGCAGGCGAUUGCCCUUGAGUUCUCGUGAAAUCGAUCACUUAAACAUCAUUCUCAAAUGAACGCUGCGCAGAGAGCGGCAUUGCUCAAUCCAAAAGCUGCACGUAAAGCGGCUGCAGCAGCAAGCAAGAAGCGAGAGCGUCAGGAUGGUCCCCUCGAGGAUGACACUGCCGAAACCAUGCAGCCUGGAACUGGACUCGGCUCUUUCAUGGAGCGCAUGCACAACGUCACCGAUCGCGAGGCUCUCCCUGCCUCAAAGAAGCAGAAGACCGACAACAAUGACGAGAACGACGAGAAACGCAAGACCACUUUUAAAGGUGGCAAAGGUGGAGUCAUUGGUGAGUAUCUCAAGGAGCAGCGCGACCAGGGCGCUCGUGAAGCUGGACCCAUCGACCUCACUGCAGACGACGAAGAAGACGAUCUCCAGAUAGUGUCUGUGAAGUCGACUCCUCAAGAUCCCAAACGCGAGAUCUGCCUGGGUUCCAUCUCAGCCAAAGUCAUGGCUCACAAGGUACCUGCUGCCAACAGAACCCUGGGCAAGUUUUCAGAGAACUGGCCGCCAGCCAAGAUGACACUUCAUCCCCGAGUUGGCCAGGAACUGGUUUUCAUCGCACUCGACGGCAAAGGUGUCGAGUUCGGUAAGCUGGACGUCAUUACUGCCACCGCGCUGUCUCCUUUGCUCAAGAAUGCCCUUCUGAAACUGCGCCUCGCCCCUUUGUUAAAAGAGCGACCCAAGGAGACCGGUGAGGAGCCUGGACAGACCAUCUCGAAGCCUUUGGACAUAUCGAUUACUCUUUACUGCACCGCUGAAACCGCCAAAGGCAUUGGUCGACAGCUCAGCAAGCGCCAAAUCUGGCUACACAAGCCCCUGACCGUUGCAUAUGGCACAGAGGUUAUCAAUCCCCACGUCCCCAACUACAAUUUCAUUCCGAAGGCCGGUUUCUCAGCUCCGAUACUUAGCCAAUCGGCCGGCUUCCGCGUUCGUACUACCGAGGAGAUCAAGAGCGACGUUCUCUCGAUGUUCGACCGUCUUGGAAAGGCAGAAGAGCUACCAGAAGCUGAGGCAGACGCGACACUCGUCAAGACUGAACUUAUGCAGCACCAGAAGCAAGCUCUGUACUUCUUGAGCAAGCAUGAGACUCCCACUCCACCUGAAGAAGACCCGCUCUGGAAGGACGUCAUUCGUAAGAAUGGGACUCGGGCCUGGUACAACGUUAUUACAGGAGACGAACUGAAGAAGGUCAGCCCUACCUUGGGCGGUCUAUUGGCUGAUCAAAUGGGUUUGGGCAAGACGCUUAGCGUGCUUUCUCUCAUUUGUGCGACACUCGAGGAAGCCAGAGCUUUUGGCGAUGGAGAAUUGGAAGCAAGCGAUCAAGUUACCGAGAGCGUUGUGCGCAGAUCUGGUGGAACCCUCCUCCUCUGUCCCAAAUCGGUUAUUUCAAACUGGCAAGAGCAGAUCGGCCAGCAUUUGGAUAACACAAAGGUCCGCUUCUACAUGUACCACGGCAACAAAAGAGAGCAGGAUCUCGACGUUUUGGCCCAAUACGACGUUGUCGUUACAUCAUACAGUAUUGCUGCUAGCGAGUUCACAUCAUCCUCAAAGAACUUUAGCGCGCUAGCUCAGAUGGCAUGGUUUCGCAUCGUUUUGGAUGAGGCACAUCAGAUCCGCAAUCAAGACACUACUACCUUCAAGGCAGCCUGCAACUUGGUUAGCAAGCGCAGAUGGGCAGUCACCGGAACACCAGUCCAGAACAGACUCGACGACUUUGGCGCUCUUAUCAAAUUUCUCAAGAUUUACCCCUUCUCCGACAAGGGUGUCUUCGAGAAGCAUUUUAUGGCACCAUUCAAAUCCGGUGACCCUCAAGUCCUUGACAACCUCCGUCUUCUGGUAUCCAGUAUCACCCUUAGACGCUCAAAGGACAGGAUCGAUCUCCCUGACCGUGUCGAGGAGAUCGUUCGUCUUGACUUCUCGUCUGAGGAACAAGCUCUCUACGAUGCGUUUGCUAAGGAUGCCAACAAGAAGGUACGCGCCAUGACCCGCGGAAACGACCGCCUUAGAGGCAGAAGUUACGCCCAUGUUUUGGUCAAUAUCACCAGAUUGCGUCUUCUGUGUGCUCACGGUCGCGAAUUGCUCAGCGAGGAUGACAUGAAGGUCCUGCAAGGUACUUCGUACGAGACAGCCAUUGACUUGGGAGAGGAAGGAGAUGCAGAGAAGGCCGUCAUGACCAAGGACCAGAUUAACGACACCUUCUAUCUUCUCCGCGAGAGCUCAAUGGAUAUCUGUUCGUGCUGCAUGGAGGGAAUUGGCCGUCUCGACCCCAUGGGAGACACCGGCAGCGACACCUCUGAUGAUGAAGAUGAGGCAGAGGACAUUAUCGGCUAUCUUACCCCUUGUCUCCAUCUCGUAUGCCCCGCUUGCGUUGAUAAGUUCUGGAACGAGCUGAGAAACACUCAAAGCCGCGACAAUUACGCCACUUGCCCUCAAUGUGAACAAUACGUCAAGGCCGUGAUGCACCCCAUCAGUCAGAAGAACGUCGACGAAGACUUGGAGAUGCGCCAGAAGAAGAAGGGACAGGUCAAGUCCAAGAAGGGUGUUGAAUACGGUGGUCCUCACACCAAGGUCAAGGCAUUGAUCUCUAACCUGCAAGAGCACGCAGAGAACUCGCGUGAGCUGAUGGAGAUUGGCGAAGCACCAAUUCGCAGCGUUGUGUUCUCCGGCUGGACGUCUUACCUCGAUCUCAUUGAGAUCGCUCUCAAAGCUGCCGGCCUCGGUUUCCUUCGUCUUGACGGCAAGCUCUCCGUCAGCGCGCGCACGCAAGUCCUCGAUCGCUUCAAGACCGAUCCAUCCAUCUCUGUCUGCCUCGUGUCAAUCAAGGCUGGGGGUCAAGGCCUCAACUUCACUGCCGCAAACAACGUCUUCAUGAUGGAGCCUCAGUUCAACCCUGGUGUUGAGAUGCAGGCCGUCGACCGUGUUCAUCGCUUGGGACAGAAGAGAAAUGUGAUGAUCAGACGCUUCAUCAUGGCCAACAGUUUCGAAGAGAAGAUCGUGGAGUUGCAGAAGAAGAAGAUUGAGCUGGCCAAUCUUGCUACGGGAGGAAAGGCUGUAAGACAGGACGCUAAGGAGAUCUUCCAGAACUUGAUGAGUCUGUUCUAGAUGAGAACAGACGGGGAACGAUUGAGGGAUUGAAGGAUGGGGAAGUUGAAAUUAAAGCAGAGCGUGCGGUUGAACCGGCGCAGAGAAGAGAAAGAGAAACGUACUUACAUGGCUCAGAGAGACCUGACAGUCAAGUACUCGAACAUAACGUAGCAAUCAAUCUCCGCAAAGCAUUGACAAUCCAGGCUCCCUUUGAACACAACUGCUUUCCUCGUGGUUUACUGCAUUGUGACAGCACAGGCUAACCAUGCGACAAACUCACAAGAUACUGGGGGAACAUCGUGGUCGAAGCGGCAGUAAAAAGAAAGGCGCACAAACAUUG